CUCACCCGGAAGUCUCGUUGGUUGGUUCCCUGCGCUCACCCGGAAGUCUCGUUGGUUGGUUGACUGAACUCUCGGACCGGUGGCGGGACAGCUGCGUUGCUGCUAACGGGCUAACGAGCUUUUUUCUUUGCGUUACUGCGCAGUUUCGGGUGAAAUCUCAGUGUGAUGGGGGACAGCGACGAUGAGUUCGACAGGAGGAGGCGGGACAAGUUCAGGAGAGAGAGGAGCGACAUGGAGAGGUCUAGAGACCGGGAGGAGAGGAGGCGGGACGACUGGCCGGACAGGGACUGGGACAGAGGCAGAGACCGGAGGAGGGACUACGACCGGGGCCGCAGAGACAGGUUCUCCCCCCCCAGACACAUGAGUCCUCAGCACAAGCGCAUGAGGAGAGACUGGGAUGACCACCGGGGGGAGCCGUACCGCUACGACCUGCCCUAUGGAGGAGGGGGAGGAGGAGGGGGAGGGGGAGGGGGGCUGUUUCCAGGGGCGGGGCCUCAGUGCUGGCACCCUGACUUCCCCCAUCCUCACCCUCCCCAUGGAAGUCGCCCCCUGCAGGGCAGGAUGGCCAUGGUGGAUCCAGACCUGCAGCCUCCAGCUCCUCCCUCCAUGAGGAGCUUCAAGGACUUCCUGCUCAGCGCGGAGGACAGCGUGGACGAGACGGAGGCCGUGAAGCGCUACAACCAGUACAAGCUGGACUUCAGGCGCCAGCGGCUGCAGGACUUCUUCCUCCGACACAAGGACCAGGACUGGUUCCGGUCCAAGUACCACCCCGAUGACAUCACGGCCAGGAGGGCGGAGUCUCUGGCCGCCCUCAGGACCAGACUGGACGUCUUCCUCUUCCUGCUCCGCGGCAACUGGCUGGACAACGUGUCCCUGGACAUAGACCACGCCCCCGCCAUCAUCAGACUCCUGGACGCAGCCGUGAUAAAGAUGGAAGGAGGGUCAGACCUGGACCUCCAGGUCCUGGAGACCGGACCAGACCAGGGUCCGGGGGGACAGGGGGGACAGGGAGAUCCCAGCGGAGCAGAUGUGAGCGUCCACACCGUCCCCGAGGAGACGACGAGUGAGACAACGAGUGAGACGGCCGGGACAAAAGACUCUGAGAAGGACGAUGGACAGAGCAGCGGAAAGAAGGAAGAGGAGGAGGAGGAGAAGAAGGAGGAGGAGGAAGAGAAGGAGAAAGAAGCAGAGGAGGCGGGGGGAGGCGAGAGGAGGAGGAGGAGGAAGAGGAAACGCAGCGUGUCAGCUGACAGCGGGGAGGGCAGCGCCUCCGAUUCAGACUCCUCCCACUCUGACAGCGCGGAGGAGGAGGAGGACGAAGGAGAGGAUGAGCGAGCGAAGGAGGCGGAGAAGAAGAGGACGCCGGCUAAGCCCCGCCCCCUACACCUCACCACGUCACUGUUCAUCCGGAGCAUCCCCCCCGACGUCUCCAAGGACGACAUCACGUCCCUGUGUCGCAGGUACCAGGGCUUCCUGAGGGUGGCGCUGUCCGACCCUCAGCCCGACAGGAGCUUCUCCAGGCGUUGCUGGGUGACCUUUGAGCCCAGUGUCAACAUCAAGGAGACAUGUUGGAACCUGCAGAACAUCAGGCUGAGGGACUGUGAACUGUCUCCGGUGGUGAACAGAGAUCUGAGCCGUCGCGUUCGAGCCGUCAACGGAAUAACUCACCACAAACCGGUGGUGAAGAAAGACAUCAGGACAUCAGCACGGCUGGUCCACAGCCUGGACCAGAGGGGACAUCUGUGGACAGGACAGAUGGACACGAACCCCGUCCUGAAGGACAUCACAGAUUACCUGGUGGAGGAGGUGAGCGCUGAGGAGGAGGAGCUGACAGGUGGAGGUGACGCCAGAGACCCCGCCUCCUCCUCGUCCUCUGAGGUUGCCGUGGAGACGGACGAGCAGCUCGUUAAGGUGUUGGACAGACUGCUGCUCUACCUGAGACUCGUCCACUCUGUGGACUAUUAUAACUUCUGUGAGUAUCCGGCUGAGGACGAGAUGCCUCAUCGCUGUGGACUGAUCCACGUACGAGGACCUCGUCCCCUGGUCAAGAUCACUCAGGCUCAGGUGAGUGAACACCUGAAGAUGUGUGAGGAGCGUCUGUCUCCUCUGAUUUCACCUUCAGAGACUCUGAGUCAAGAAGAGGCUGCCAAGCUGGGACAGAAAGACCCGGAACAAGAGGUGGAGAAGUUCCUCUUGUCCAACAUUCAGGAGCUCAGUAAAGACAAGUGGCUGUGUCCUCUGAGCGGGAAGAAAUUUAAGGCUCCAGAGUUUGUGCGUAAACACAUCCUGAACAAACACGCUGAGAAGGUCACCGCCGUCAGACAGGAAGUGGAGUUCUUCAACAACUUCCUGCUGGACGCCAAGCGGCCCGCCCCCCCUGACAAUAAGCCCCUCCCACUGCCGGCACCAGCCACUCCUCCCACCAUCCUCAGCUUUCCUCUGGCACAGGCCCCACAGCAGCAAAGCCUUCUGGGAUAUCCUCCUGGAGUCAGACCCCCCAUGGCUGGUUUCCCUGGUGUUGGACCUCACCAGCCUCCCAACCAGUAUGGGAUGGGCCGUGGUAACUAUGGCAACGACAGAGGGAAGCAUCACAACAUGAGGGGCGUGCGUGGAGACCCUCGGUCCAUCAUCGAGUACAGAGACCUGGACGCUGCAGACGACCUCGACUUUUUUUAACCACCAAGGCGUGAAGAAGCUUUUGUUUUCUACCACUGUGUGUGUGUGUGCGUGUGUGUGUGUGUGUGUGUGUGUGUGUCUGUCUGUCUGUGUGUGUGUGUGUGUGUGUGUGUGUGUGUGUUUUCAGCAGUGAUGAUGAUUUUCCAAUAAAGAGCAGAACAGCAGCA